UUCGAUGUUUCUGGAGCUGUCAUUAGCCGAUGCUUUCCCUGGUUUCAAUAUUUUCUGUUCUUGGUAGAGAUUUGCACAACGCAGGAGAAAUCACCGCAACAGAAAGUUAUUCUCGUCGAAAUUCUAGUAAGGCAUCCAUCCGUGUCAUCAUGAGUGCAAAGAAUGUCGCCCAGCUAUUCCUGCGGAACAGUCGCCAGUUCUCCAGAACCUCAACAGCCUCAUCCAGCGAGGUCGCCGAGGGUUACAAGAAACUGAAGCACGUCCAGGAGCAGUUCCAGAAACAUGAUGGUCUGCCAGUACACUUGAAGCGUGGCGCCGUGGAUAAGAUGCUGUUCGGUCUCACCACCGUGCUGUGCGGAGUAGCCAUCGUAGGAAUGGGCAAACUUAUCUACGAGCUUUCCUACCCAGCCCCCGCGGCCGAGGACGAAUAAAUGUGAGGGCGCGCGCUAGAUGAAACACAGUUGCAGAGCAGUAGUCAAAAUUGUUAAAACCAGCAUUUAUUGCGUCGGUAUGAUUGGCUUUAGAAUCGGUUGAUACGGGAUUAUAAGCGAAACAGUGAAGCAUUUCAAUGCCAAUGGGUCAAAUAAUAAUUCCAUUUAAAAUGCACUUACGAUCAGUAGUUUGCAGGAAAAAAGUGUCUAAUUGUAUUAUUUUUAUAAGAGGCUGCCAAUAAAUGUUUGUUUUGAGCAAUGCGACAUAAUA